AUGCCUGCACCCCACGCCAACUUGACCGUAGGGAUUGUGAUUCCUGCAGCCGGACGAGGCACGCGGGCCGGCCAAGGAUGCCAGAAAGCAUACCGGCGCAUCGCGGGCGAUACAGUGAUCAACCGCGUCCUUAAGCUGUUCCGGUCCUGGAACACGAGUUGUCCGAUCGUGGUCGUCCACCAUGUCGAUGAUAUCGCUUUGGUCGACGCUUCGAUCGAUCGCGACAGCCAAAUCUAUACAACACUGGGUGGGGAUGAGCGGCAAGCCUCGGUCCUGGAGGGCCUGCGCCUGCUGGCUUCCCUGGACAACCGGCCCUCGCAUGUGUUCAUCCAUGACGCAGCCCGUCCCUUUGCGUCGCAUGAUUUACUGGAUAGCGUCCUGGGUUCUUUACUGAAAGAGCCCUCGGUCGGGGUCAUUCCAGCCAUUGCAGUCGCAGAUACGUUGAAGAAAACCGAUGCAAAUGGUCUCAUCACGGCGACCGUUUCUCGAGAGGGUCUCUUUAGGGCACAAACGCCUCAAGCGUUCGAGCUCCAAACGAUUCUGGAUCUACACAUAAGGGCUGUGACCUCGGGUUCAAUCUACACCGACGACGCAUCACUCCUGGAAGAAAACGGACUGCCCGUUCGAAUCAUCACCGGAGAGUCCCAAAACACAAAAUUGACCUACAGCGAAGACUUCGAAGAAGCAGAGCGAUUGCUACGGGCCAAGGGACCAUCCGUAUCUUUCUUACCGGACGUGCGGGUUGGUCAUGGCUACGACACCCAUCGACUGGGGCCGGGCGAAGAGAUCAUCCUCUGUGGCGUGAAAAUUCCUCACAAUGCCUCGCUUCUUGGGCACUCGGAUGCCGAUGUUGGUCUACAUGCCCUGACCAAUGCGUUCCUGGCCACCAUCGGAGCCAGCGACAUCGGCAGUCAUUUUUCGCCAUCGGACCCCCAAUGGAAAGGAGCCUCAUCCGAUCAAUUUCUACGCCACGCGGCCAAGCUCGUCAGGGAAGCAGGCGGCACUAUCACGCAUUGUGACGUGAGCUUUGUGUGUGAAAAGCCGCGGAUCAGCGUCCACCGAGAUGCGAUGCGUGACUCGGUGGCCAGCAUCGUCGGACUAGAUCGGAGUCGCGUGUCCGUCAAAGCGGGAACCAACGAGAAAAAUGGAUUUGUGGGACGCGAGGAAGGCAUUGUCGCUCUUGCGACUGCUACGGCGGUAUUCCCAAUCAACACUUUCUGA